AAAAUGACAACAAACAAUUGUUGAUUUAGUAUAUAAUUUGCGAAAAUGAUGCAGAUAAGUGAUUUUUAUGACGGAAAUUAGGCGCAUAACUUUAGAAAAUCAUACAACGCAGAUUUCAGGAAGAAGAUACGAUUUUUGCUAAUUUAUUGAUUUUUAUUCUAUUUAUUCUAAUUAUUUUCAAUUAAAGAACUGUGAAAUAAAAAACAUUUGCUACCCGAAAAAUCUUUGCACAGACUGUUAAUUAUUAUGUCUGUCAUAUGAAUUACAAAUUUCUAAUGUACUUGCUGGUUGCAGUGGGAAGGCGAUCUCGAAGAUAAUAUGAUAACUAUAUUUCUAUAUUUGAAGAAAAAACGUUGUCGGUGUCCUUGAUUCAUUUACCGUUUAAAGACACUCUCGAAAACCAGAGGCUGAAGGCAAUCACGAUUGACAAGCUUGUGUCGCGUCGGCUGGCUGCGUUGGCACAAGGCUAUUUGGUGGACAAUUUAGCUUUUCCAAGCAAAAAAGAAGGAGUUGAAUCAAGCAAACAACAAAAAAUUCCGAACGCACAUACAGAGCAGACCAAACAGGGCAGGGGCAUUUUCCAAGCUCGAACUAGGAUCAAUUUCGACCAACACCAGACUCUACGGUAUUGAUCUAUUUUCGUGCCGAUUGAAGUACAUGCAAUUGAGACAUGAUCUACGACCAAGAUGUGUAACCUUUUUCAUAUAAAAAGAAACGAAUUUUUCAACAAACCAUACAAUCGUCAACCAUAGUCCAUCGAGCAACGACAAAAAUGGCUCUCAAAAUAGCAAUCUUUGCUGCUAUCAUCGCCGCUGCGCAUGCAAUUGCCGUUGGAUACCCAGGAUAUCAUGCAGGACUCCCAGCAGUGGCUAAAAUCGCUGCGCCAGUCGUUGCUGAUUACGACCCCAACCCUCAGUACAGCUACAGUUACGCCGUUGCGGAUGCAAUCACCGGCGACAACAAGAGUCAACAGGAAUCUCGCUCCGGAGACGUCGUAACCGGUUCGUACUCGUUGAUCGAACCUGAUGGCACCCAGCGCGUGGUCGAGUAUACCGCCGACCCAGUGAACGGAUUCAACGCCGUCGUGCAUCGUGGUCCACUGGCAGCUAAGGUCAUUGCCCCGGUAGCCAAAAUUGCGGCUCCCUAUGCUGCGCAUCCACUGGCUCAUCCGUUGGCUCACCCCUUGGCACAUCCCUUGGCUCAUCCACUUGCUCGCCCAUAUAUCGGUUAAACAAGGAUCGCUGAAAAUUGAUACACAUUCACCUCAUCUAGGCACUAUACUCCAGCAGUAUUGAUGAUUUCAUAAAAUGUCGCAAAGUUUUAUGUUGUAAAUACUUCUGUGCACUCCAUAAAGCACGAAAAGCAUGACAAUACAAUAAUUGAUUUGGACGCGAGAUUUUCACGAAUGCCACCUGAUAGCACAAGAAAUAGUAUUUAAGCCAGUUCAAGUUAUAUACGUCAAACGCAUACUGCAAAUAAAAUCUGUUAUUAACAGUA